AUGCGUCUUCACACCCCUGCAUUCGACAGUCAAGUCGGGCCUCGGGAUGCUGCAACACACCGUGACGCAAUCUCGCUUUCCCUUGUCCAGGAAACGAAAACGACCACAACCAACGUUGCAGCCGCUCCCUCGAAAAGUCCAAUGCAUGCCAGCGGGCGUUGGGCCCUUGCCUUAGGGCGAUCUUGGCGCGUAACUGCACGGAAGGGCCAGGCUCAACGGGCGGAAUGCCCGGGCGCUAGGAGGGAAGGGGCAGGUGGGGUACAGGGGAUGACAGUGGGCGAGCUGGGCCUGGCCAUUGGGGUCCUCUGCUGGGCGAAUCACACACAGACACACAAUUUUACGACGUAUUAUUGCGCUUGCUUGGCCAUUACAAGCCACAAUCCGCGAAGGCAAGCUGUCGUGUGA